AUGUUCAUCAAAGUUGCUGACGGUGAGAGUGCAAAUGCUGAGACGAUCGAAAUACCUGUUGAAUCGGAUGGUGGUUAUGUUUCUCUCUCGACGUUACAAUCACAAUUUCCAAAUGUUAUUGGUUUAAAAUAUAGAAGUGUAGACACAAAUGUGUGGAGAGGAGUCCGAGUGUCGGAUCAAAAAUUAUAUCAUCCAGAAAGUGCUUGGCAAACAGAUAUUGUUUACGUUACAGUUUAUCCAAAAGCUUUUGUUCCAGCAGCAGACUAUUCAGAUCGUUUAGUCGAUGUCAAACGUAAAGGUGAUGAAGUUGAAAUUGAAACUUCAUCCACGUCCAAUCAUAACUCAAUUAAAAAUCAACGUUUGGAUGGAUUGGAUAAUGAUCCUCGUCGAUGUGUCGAUUUGAUUGUACUGGGUAUUAAUUAUCGCAGUAAUGAAGAGGAUGUACGAAAUUGUUUUAGACAAUAUGGAGAACUCGUUUUCUGCGAGAUAAAACGUGAUGGAAGUGGAAAUUCACGAGGUUUCGGUUUUAUUCGUUUUAAAGACUAUGAAUCACAAUUGAAUGUUCUAAAUAAAAGACAUUAUAUAGAUGGACGCGCUUGUGAUGUUAAAAUACCAGAUUCGAAGAGCCCCGUUCAUGAACCAGAAUGUGCUCGUAAGAUAUUUGUGGCAAGACUGCCUGACAUAAUCAGUUCAGACGAUUUACAACGUUAUUUCAAAUCUUACGGCGAAGUAAUCGAUGUUUAUAUUCCCAAACCAUCUAGAAGUUUUGCAUUUGUUACGUUCAAAGACUCUACUGUGGUACCUUCAUUGUAUGGUGACCAUUUUAUUAAUGGAUGUAGUGUUCAUGUUGGACCAGCUGAACCCAAAAAUAAGCCAAAUGAAAAUCAAUUUAAACGUUCUAAACAAGAUCAUCAUUCACUUCAACGUUCAUCUUUAGUUCAUACUCAGCCUCAUACAUCUGUCGCUCCUCAUCAGUAUCAUUCACAUCAUCACCAUUCACCAACCCCUCAAGGAACAAAUAAUGAUAUGUUAAUGAAUAUGAUCAAUCCUGCUUUGAUGCAAGCAUUUUUGUCACAAUUUCAAGCUGCACAACAACAACAACAGCAACAACAACAACAAGCACAAAAAGGAUACGACUGGCCUACAGAUCCUGGAUCGCUUGCCUAUGCCAGACAUAAAUAUGCCAGUACGGAAAAUGAUACAUGGCAAACAACUCAACGUAAUUUAUAUCGUUAA